CCUCGCCGUUCCACCGCUCUCAAAACAAGAAUAAAGUCGAAGCUCGCUUUGGCGCAGACUAAUUCCGUCCAGGGGGUUACCCGCGAAUUCCGAGGUUUGCCUCCCUAAACGCGCGCCCGCGCGCGCGCGCCCACACGCCCUUUCCCGGCCCCCGGUCUGAGGAAACUCCUUCACAGAAAGCCCGCCGUUGGCACAAGUCACGAAGUUCCUCAGAGUCCUCCCGGGAACACCCCAAAAGCCUCCCAGAAUCCAUCUUUCGCGUGGAGGGCUCCUUCAAGAGGACAACCCCGGCCACCGCGCCAGCACUGCAGGAAACUGGGGAUGGGAGACCCUGCCUCACCGUCCUCGGCCGCGGCCGAAGGUCGCCCACCCGAUUCCCCAGCCCCGAGCGCCCCGGGAGAGAGGCGGCCGGAGGGGCGGCGCCGCGCGCUGGGGUCGCCCCUCCACUUCCCCUCCCCCUCUCCGAGCCCCGGAGCCCGCACCUGCCGCGCAGAGCCAGCCGGGUGCGCGCACCCCCCCCCCCACGCCCCCGCCGGCCGGGAGCGGCCGCCGGACACUCACCUAGGUCGAAGCGGUAGCUGGGGACCAAGCCGUGCGACCCGGCCCAGGUCCUGGUGCGGGCGGCAGCGUGCUCACGCCGCAUCAACCGCGGCGGGGAGGACGAGGAGGCAUUGCCCCUGCUGCGGCGAGUCCGCCCGCGGCCUCCCCCGCCCCCACCGGGCAGGAGCGCUCCCCGCGGCCCCCUUCCGGCUGCGGAGGACAAUUCUCCGGAGUCUCCGCGCGCGGCCCGGCGCAGCAGACCUCUCACAGCUCGCGUUCGCCGCGCAGCUCAGUAACAUCCACCUCCGGGGCUUUUCUCUUGCAGCCCCCUUCCACGAACCAGAAAAAAAAAAAUCCCUUCGGGGGGGCCCUCGAGUCUCCCAGAAAAGCGAGCUGGGGAGCGGUAGUGAGAAGAGUUCGUGACGGGCCCACAGGCUGGCACGCCGUGCUCCGCGCACUUGGACGCGUAGCGCGCUCAGCCGCCCGGGCGGAGAGUAGAGCGGGGUGGGCCGCUCGCCAGCUCGCCCGCCGCCCGCAGCCCGCUGCCAUGUGCUGGCUGUUGCUGCUUCCAGUGAUUGACAGGCCGGCGCACAGUCGGCGUGUCAGCAGCGAACCAAAGUAACAUGCAGUCUUGCACGUUUUGCCGAAGUGCUUUUGCCCCUUGGAAUGCCUAGGAGUUCAAACAACGUUCAAGCAACGCCUCUGCGCAUUGGAAAUCAAUACACAGAGACGGGAAAUUCAGGUUUUAAACAAUUGCUUCGCUCGGGGUUCGGUCGCCAACAAUGCCUAAACAAACAUGUAUUUGGUCCACACACCGAGUGCCAGACCCUCUUCGGCAUUAACCACUCUGUUUUUCACACAACCGACCGUUUCAGCCUUUAAACUUGUUACCCUUCGGAUAAGGAAAAAAAAAAAAAAUGAAAGGGACCCUGUUUUUUCUCUUAACAGUAGCAUUUAAGAGCAUUAGUUUUAGCAGUGGGAAUACUACUGGUAAUUUGAAAUGCAACCAGUAAUCUUACAUCCAAAGCGAGUUCAAAGAAAUGUUCAAGUCCUUGUAAAAGCCAACAUUUCUCACCUAAUCUUUCCUAAAAUAUCUACGGAAUGAAAGGAAGGAAACAGUUCUUACCUAACGCAAAGAUUGGAAAUUGCUUUUCAGGCACAUUUACAGCGACUGUAGCAGUUCCUUAUCCAGGGUAAGGAGCUCGGUCUGCUGCUAUCACUCUGCAAACCACUGCGUGCCUUACAGAGCAAUCCCACUCCGGCUCCGCAGAAUUUCAGCAGCUCGCCUCCACCUCCACCUCCACUCCAGGACACGCCUCCAGUGAUAUCAUGUGUCAAUCACGCGGGCUGCCUGAAAACCUGGAACAGGAUUUCUCCAACAGUCGUUUUCUCUUUCGUUUAUGUGUACCAACUUGGAAAUGUUGCCCUGUACUCUCUGUGAUAAACAUCUUCUGAAACUUUGAGAUUACCUCUAAAAUUCCUACAAAUGCAAUUUGUCACAGAAGAAUCCUUUAAGUUGAGUUAUCAAUCUCUGUGAAAGUAUUGGUGAACACAACUUUUAAGGUUGAGUUAAAAAAUACUUUUGAAUAAAAGAAGAUUAAAAAGUUGUAUGCCAAGCCAUCACUUCUGAUCAGCUAGAGAGAAAACGUAUAUUGAUAUGUAAAAGAUAAUAUAACAUUACAGUUCGUAUUUGAAGCAAAAUUCACAAUAUGUGCAAUCUGAAGGUUCAGAAGGUAGCACUGCUUACUGCAAACGUAUAUAACAUUACCUCAUAAAGGUGAAAUUUCCUGCUGUAGAUUUUAUAACAAGUGCUCUGUCUUGGUUUGGGAUAUGAUUUCCUAAAACUCAAAAACCGCAACUUUCUUCAAUUAUGUAAUUAAUUUGUAUCAUUUUGCAAAAAAAAAAAACCCAUCCACAACCAACUAAUUUAUUUUUAAAAAUCAGUUAAUUGGAAAUCAAUUAAAAUAGAUUACCAGGAAGUUUUAUAAUUCUUAAUGAUACAUGUUUUGUUACUGGGAAAAAAAGAUAUUUUAAUCAGUAGGAAACUCGCUUUGUUUCUUACAACCUAUGGGAUUUUAGACCUUUAUUAUCAAAAUUGUGUACUUUAUGCUUCAGCGAGGAUAACUAUAUAUGAAAUUUAAAAUUCCACAGAGAUUCUUAAAAGAUACCUAAAAACCAAAAACAUAUAGUAAGUGGAGAGGAAGUACUUUUUCCAGGUACUAGAUAUCAGAAGUAGCUUAAAGUCUUUGACAAAAUACAAACAAAACAAACCUCAAAAUCUAGAACAUGUAUAAAUUUGGAUAUGGAAAUUUUCAGUUCUUAAGCUCCUUUACAAUAACAAAUGAUUCUGUUGAAGCUGUUUUUUUCUAGACUUUCAAAUGUUUGAGCACUUAAAAAAAUUAGAAGUUGUAUUUGGAAUUAACCUCUUUGGAACCUAGGGCAUUGCUAAGACCAUCAACAAGAAGGAAGGAAGCAUCACUAGAAAAUAAUACAGAACAAGAAUGAAGCCAAAAAGCUACAUAUUCACUCAAUAUAAACGGUAUUAAAAUGGGCUUUUAAAAAAGAUAAAAUCAACAUUAUUGUACAUACUUUCUAUUUUUUUUCUUAGAUUUCAUACUUUGGGAUGUAAUGAACUUUAACCAAUGAUGGAUAGGUUUCUUGACCAUUAUGAAUGGACUUGGAAUAGUCAAAUCAGAAAUAGAAUAUCAUAUCAGAGUAUCCUGUUUGGAUCUUCAAAAUUGUCUUCUCAGCUAUUACCACAAUUUUAGGAUGAGCGGUCAGUUCACCAAUAUGAUAAAACCAGGAGAGGGAGCACUGAACAUUCUACUUCCAUAAAUCCUAUGAAAAUAUAUUUGAAAGAUUUCUGUUACAAAUAAGCUUCAAACUCAACCACAGAUGUAUAAAAUUAUAAUUUGCAUGAGAUUUAAGUAUUUUUGAAUUACAAUAAUAAGUUAAAUCCAUGAAAUUUUAACUGUAACAGCAUCAUUAUGGGUCAUGUUCUAUUUAGAAAUCAAAUAUUAGGCUGCACAGGUUGACCAAUGACCCUUUACAUCAUUUAGCGAUAAAAUACAUCAGUAUGUUUUUCUCUAUUACAUUACAAAUAAAUAUAGGUGUAGUCUUGCCACCUGAUCUAGAAGACAUUUAAUAAAACCUGCCUCUUUUAGAAGACAUUUAAUAAAAUCUGCCUCUCUUUUUGAUUACCUACAACUCAUAAGAAUUUGUAAACAUUCUAAACUUUUAGUUUAAAAUAGACAUUGCUCUUUAUUUAGUAAGUUUAAUUUCUGUUUACCAUACCUAGGAAUGGAUAGCUGAAGUAUGAAAUUUUCCUGGAAAGGAAAAACAAUGUAAAUAUCCAUGGGAAAGUCUUACGAUAAUAUUCAGUUCACUAUUAAGAUAUGUGUAAAAGAAUAAAGUGGAAUGGAGAGUGAGCCCGGAUGUCUUGUUCACUUUCGUGUGGAAACAAGAGAAGCCGUCUCUUCUGCUGAUAUGAUUUUUGAAAGAAAGAGUAAAAUAAAAUGAAAAAACAAUCUGAUAACUCCUCACAACCGCUAGUAAUUAAAAAAACAAAAAACAACGGUGUAGUACUGAGAAGCUUAACUUAUUUAUCUACUUUAUUUGCCAAAGUAGCAGAAUCAUAAUGUGUUCCAAGCUUUUGAAAAAUAAUACCUUAUUAAUUCUUCCAAGAAUUAAUCAUAUUAAUAAAUAUAAUUUUUUAUCUUGUUGAGAAACAAAAUAACCCCAUAAAUUGGUAAGUUAGCCUAUAAGUAUCUAACAAAUUAAUGAAGAACCAGGAAUGGAAACUAAGUCUCUACUUUCCUUUUAGGGCAAUAGUCACUGUAUUACUAUACUUCCCAAGAAAAACUGGCAAGGAUAGCCAUUUUAUUUUCAGUUUCCUUUUGUAAACAGUCUUUGUAGUUGACAGAAAUAGACCAACCUAUUCUGUAAAUUUUCCAUAAACAUUCUCUUUAUUUUCAUAAGCUCAAUUCUCAUCCUUCUGCCCUAUUUGAAACACAAAUGUUCUGUAUUGACUUCAAAUUCUGGAAGUGGGCAAAUCAAACAAUACAUUGAGUAAAUUAUACUGAAUGAUUUGUAAAGUUUCUGUCCACUCUAUAAUUCUACAACUAAUCAUUUGUAUACUUUGUCACAAGUGAUUCUAUUUUUCACAAGUUGUAAGAAGGAAAAAGAAAUGCACAUGGAAGGGCUCUGAAUUGCCCUCUACUCCUUAAGUGUCAUAUUCCUUUACAGAGAAUCAAAGUGACAAGAGUUCAGACAAACGGCAUCACUACUAUAUAUUAAAGAUUUUAGUAACUAAAUCCACAUGGUAAGGUUGUAUAAGGAAACAUCUUUGCCCCAGUACAAAACAGUCUUCAUUUCUUAUCUAGUCAAUUGAAGAAUAAAUCCUCUCUUCUUUCCUCCUCCAUAAUAUUAAAUGUUCACUUCUGAAACUUCCCUUGUUCCUCUUUCUCACAAGAAAAGAAAAUCUGCCUCUUCUCCUGAUUUGACUUCUGAAUGCCUCCUAUAGUGAUCACCUGGUAUCAUCUUUGAUUCUGGUCAGCAAAAGCUAUUAAUCUUUCAUUUCCAUAACUAUUUACUGCUAUCUUCAUCUUCGGAGACAAAUGCAUAAGAACAUAGGUUGAUUUAAAACCUAUAACUGUCCCCAGAGAUGAAACAGCAAAACAGCAAAACAACAAAAUCAUGUUUUCAUUAAAAUAAAAACGACUUAAAACAUCUCCUGGGGCUUGCCUACUCUAAUCCUUAUUUCCUAUACUGAAAAAAGAAGAUGCAAAAAAACUUACAAGAAAAAUUUUUUGAACACUUUGGUUUUCUUUAAAUUGCAAUUCUCUUGGAGCAUUUAAAAAAUUCCAUGUACAAAUACAUUUCACGUGGUAACAAUAAUUGAUAGGCUACAUGUGUUGAAAAUCUGAGUUUUGGCUAUAUCAUUCUUCUAUAUCAUGAUCUAUAACUUUAGCUAAUAUGCCGUAUUUGCCCAUAAUGUCCCUAUGUCCAAUACUCCAAGUGUGAAAAUGGCAUGAUAUUGAGAAAAGAAUAACUGAUGUAGCGUCAGAUGAUACGAAGUUCAGGUCUCGGCUUUGCCACUUUCUAGCUUCGUGACCUUCACUUAAUUUCUCUUAGCCUGCUUUCUCAUCAUGCUCAUUAACCUGAAGUUAAUAACAAUCCUUCACCUUCCCAAAUUGUAGCACUACUGUAGGCUUAAUGUAUGUAUGUGGAGUACUUUGUAAAAUUUAUAGCUCGGUAUAAAUUCUGUAAGUUAGCUGUAAGUUAGCAGUCUCAGACACACUGUAUGAUGAAGAAAUGUUUCAGGUUUCCUCUUUCUAGGUGCUUCAUCCCUAAAUAAUGAAUUUAUUUCUUAUAAUUGUUUCAAUUCAGUUUGCUUUUGUUUUUCUAAGGCUGAACUCAGUUUUAAGUAAUUGUAUUUCUGCGUGUGUGCAUGUGCAUGUGUGUAUGUGUGUGAGUUUGUGUGUGUGUUUUAACUGAGAUUUUGGAACAGCUAUCUGCUAAUAAUUUCAGAUUAAGAAACUUUAUGACCCUGAUAACUUUAACAUUUAUCUGGAAUGUUUAAUCAUUUACAUUUUACUUUCAGUUAAGAUAAAGUUCAUUGCAAAUAAUAAAAACAUCUUCUAUGAAA